GAUCCGUGCAUGCAUUUCACCUGUGGAGUUCCCGCUUUCCAUGUUCGUCUGUUACCAUCAACCAUCUCGGAUUAUUUCUAUUUGAUCCGAGUUGUUCUUCGAGAAUUCUCUCUGACUGUGGAAAUAUCUCACUAGCUUGACAUAAUUAAACACUGCAGGCUGAUUAAAUUUUCAGAGCCCAUGUAUCCUUAAAUUAAAGUCCAAGCUUGGCCUUAUUUGCUUGAAUUAUGGAAAGUGAAGACUUCAAUGGGAGAAAUGCGGUGGUCCAUCCAACUUCUGAAAAACAGGAGAAAGAUGUAGUUGAUCUUCCAAAAGAAGAGGAAGUACAUUGUGAAUUGAAAUCCUCAAACACCAGUGAAGAGCAGCUCGAUUCAGAUAUAGUUGGUCUUACAAAAGAGGAGAAAGAACAGUGUGAAUUGAAAUCCUCAAAUAUCAGUGAAGAGCAUCUCAAUUCAGACAUAGUUGAUCUUCCAAAAGAGGAGGAAGCACAAUGUGAAUUGAAAUCCUCAAAUAUCAGUGAAGAGCAUCUCAAUUCAGACAUAGUUGAUCCUCCAAAAAAAGAGGAAGCACAGUAUGAAUUGAAAUCCUCGAACAUCAGUGAAGAGCAUCUCAAUUCAGACAUAGUUGAUCUUCCAAAAGAAGAGGAAGUACAUUCUGAAUUGAAAUCUUCAAACAUCAGUGAAGAGCAUCUCAAUUCAGACAAGGAAGGAGAGAACCCAAACAUUGAGAGUGAGGAGUCUAGAGGAUUGGAGUCUGAAAACCAAGAAGGGACAAAGCAGGUGGCAGAGAAGAAUCUAGGUAAGGAGAAAGAGGCAGAACCUGCCUCUGAUGGAACUGACAUUCGUGGUGUGGAACCUACAAGGAGUUCAGCUGCACAGUCCUCGGAUCUUGGCCCAGAGGCACAAAGACCUACUUGGCCUGAAAAGGCUGAGACACUUAAGAACUUUGUUAAGGAGAAAGGAACAGUUGCUUUCUCUACUGUCGCUUCUGUAUCUACUUUUCUUCAUCGUCUUUCCAGAAGAAGAGAUGAAGAUAGACAAAAGUUUCCUCAUGAUGAAGAGUAUCAUGAUAAUUCAGGGAUUAAGGAGGGAGAGGAUUCUUCGUUGGGAAGCCAAGCAAAAGAAGCCUCUCAAAAAACAGCGGAAAGAUCCACAUGGAAUCCUUUUAUCUAUUUCAAGAUUGCAUGGGAUGUAGAUACACAGAGCAAAAGGGAGGAAAAGGAAGAAGCAUGCACUGAAGAAUUAGUACAACCACUACCAAUGAAGGGAAGAGUAAUACUUUAUACAAGGCUCGGUUGCCAGGAAAGUAAAGAGGUUAGGCUAUUUCUACGUCAGAAAAGGCUAAGAUACGUAGAGAUUAACAUUGACAUCUUUCCGAGUCGAAAACUAGAACUGGAGAAGAACACUGGAUCUUCUGCUGUUCCUAAGGUGUUUUUCAAUGAAUUCCUGGCCGGAGGACUGAGUGAACUCAAGGCCAUGGAUGAAUCUGGAAAACUUUCAGAGAGGAUUCAAGAUCUGAUUACUCAAGAACCAUCUGCUGCAGCUCCUAUGCCACCAUUUUCUGGUGAAGAUGACAUCUCCAGUAGUGGGACAGUGGAUGAAUUGGCUGUUAUUGUUCGGAAGAUGAGAGAAACUAUUGUGGUCAAGGACAGGUUUUAUAAGUUACGCAGGUUCACCAACUGCUUUCUAGGGUCAGAAGCUACAGAUUUUUUAUCAGAGCAUCAGUACUUGGAAAGAGAAGAGGCUAUUGAGCUUGGACGAAAGCUUGCAAACAAACAUUUCUUUUGGCAUGUUCUUGACGAGAAUGUCUUUGAAGAUGGCAACCAUUUAUAUCGGUUCUUGGAUCAUGAUCCCAUCAUCUUGUCUCAAUGUCACAAUUUUCCAAGGGGCACCAUUGAUAUGAAACCAAAGUCCAUUGUCGAAAUUGCAUCAAGGUUGAGAUAUUUGUCAUUCGCAAUCUUUGAAGCUUACACCUCUGAGGAUGGAAAACAUGUUGAUUACAGAAGUAUCCAUGGCAGUGAGGAGUUUGCAAGGUAUUUAAGAGUAGUUGAGGAGCUUCAGAGGGUAGAUCUGCAGGAUAUAUCCAGGGAGGAGAAACUUGCUUUCUUCAUAAAUCUGUAUAAUAUGAUGGCCAUCCAUGCAAUAUUACUCUGGGGUUAUCCUGUUGGAGCAUUGGGGCGGCGAAAAAUGCUUGGAGACUUCAAGUAUGUUGUUGGCGGAUGCACCUACUCACUUUCAUUUAUUCAUAAUGGCAUCUUAAGGGGAAAUCAACGACCCCCAUACAAUCUGAUGAAGCCCUUUAGUGUGAGAGACAGACGUUCCAAGGUAUCCCUUUCAAAUGCAGAACCACUAGUUCAUUUUGCUCUGGUCUGUGGCACCCGGUCAGGGCCAGCUCUUCGAUGCUACUCACCUGGAAACAUUGACAAGGAGCUGAAGGAGGCAGCCUAUGAUUUUGUAAGGAAUGGAGGUGUAAAUUUUGAUGUGGAAGCAAAGGUGGCAUCAGUCAAUAGAAUUCUUCGAUGGUAUAGCGUAGACUUUGGCAAGAAUGACACAGAGGUAUUGAAGUAUGUAGCCAACUAUCUGGAGCCGGAGAAGUCAGAGAAGUUGCUGGAGUUGCUUACUAACACUCAAUUGAAAAUGACAUACCAGACCUAUGACUGGGGCUUGAACAAUUAGCAUUCAAAUAAGCUUCCUUCUGUUUAAUACCUUACAUUCAGGCAAAAGAGGUAGACAUGGACCAAAUGAAGGAAGAAGAAGAUAGCUGCAAUCUUCUUCCUUCUGUUACAUAAAAUCCUCAAUGUGGGAAUUUUCAUACUCCCGUAGCUAAGACAAUCCUGUCCUUUUGAAGACCCACUUUAUAUGCCAUAUGCGGUUGAGCAACAUCUUGUCAAAAAUGAGUUUAAAUGUUUACAGCAUUUGAGAGAACAAUUAAUUUAUCGGUUUUUAUUUCCUUUUGCACCUUAUGCAGAUCAAAUUUCUUACCCUGUAGCAGCACAUCAAGUCGGUUUUUACUUGUUCAUUUUAAUGUAUGAGAUGCCUCAAACUGCCGAAUAAUAUCAAUGACCAAAACGAAAAUGUGCAAAUGAUA